AUGACUGCUAAUCCAUCUAAGAGACUUGCCUGGAGUGACUCAAUUGCCUUUGAUUCAAAGCACAGACAAGAUCCUAAAGAUUCCCACAAGGUCCACAAGAAGAAAUCAAAAGAGAAGAAAAAGAGACUGGCAGUUGGUCAGUGGAGAACAGAUGUACAGUCCCUUGUUUCUUCUUCUAAAUGGCUUCAGCGUUAUGGUCUCAAAAGAAACAAAUUGUCCCUGUCCCAGAUUUUGUCCCAGAUUGGAUUCCAGCACAGGAAAGAUUAUGUGACCACCUUGGGGAAACCUGUGGCUUCUCGAUAUGCAGAUGGUCUGUUUCCUCAGUACAAGAGAGCACAAGAUGGCAGCGUGUAUAAUCUGACAGCCAAAAAAGAACUGAUUCUUCAUUUUGUGGAUUGUCUAAUUGGAGCUAUUGAGCUAUAUAAGCAGCGAAUGGAAUGGUUAACCAGUGAGAGCCGGCAGAUAUUUGGAGUGAUUCAAGAACAGUGCAUUGUCAUUGUGUUGGAUUUUGGCACUGCAGCUCCAACUGAAUUUGAUCUGUGUCGGGAUGCACUUUCUAUGGUGCUUGUGGAACAGGUGAUACAAAUUUCCAGAUUCAACCUCAUUCGAGCUGCUCAGGAUCUUACGAAGUGGCAGCAGAAAUGCACUCCUGUGACUGAGCAUGCUGUAAAGUCUGCAGUUAGAUGGCUCUGGAAGCUGGAGCAUAUGACAGCUGUCAGCCACAGCAGUUCUGCUGAAGCUCUGCUGGAAGCCAUGGCUGAUGAAGCGGUUGAAGCUGUUUAUUACUUUGCUGUGGGAGAUGUUCCAGUGGACACAAAGCAGCUACUCCUUGAGAAAGUUUCAGAUGUCUCCUGUCCAGUCAACAUGGUGUCUUUCAAUGCUAGGGAAGAUGAAACUAUUAUUUUUCUGAAGGAGUUGAGCCACUUGGCCUCUGGCAGAUUCCAUGCUUUUGCUGAGAAGAAUAACUGUAGAGAUACUACUGGACCUGCACUAAAAUAUGAAGAGGAUGGAAAAGGAUUAAUUGCCCUGAACUCUGGAAAAGUGAAAGGGAGAAGGCCACUAGUAGCUGGUGUCUGUGAAGAUGUGUUUUUGAUCUGGAAGGAGCUGGAGGAAGCCAGGAGUACAGUGAGACAAGUUCAGGAAAUGUUAUCAGAAUCUGACCAGUCUGCUUCUCAAGAUGGCAAAGGUGAUCAUCCAUUAUCAAAACAUAUCACUGAUGAAUAUUUGACUUCUGAGAAGUGGUUGCAGAAGUAUGGCUUGAAAGCUCAGAAGCUCACACUGUAUGAUGCACUUGCUGAUAGUGUUUUUCACCAUGUAGAUGGGCCUGUUGGCAUAAACACUAAACCAGAGGAUGAAUGUUCACAAACUGAUGCUGAGACAAAGAGGAAGAUAAUUCAUGCAAGAUACUGUGACAAGUUUGUACAUACCCUCUGGAAAGAUGGAUCUGUAGUUCAUGUAUAUGUUACUACAGAAAAGUAUAAGCAGUAUGAAGAGAAAAUGAGGACAGCUCUCAGACAAGUGGAAGGAAGGAUUAAGUGGCUUCAACAAGGAAGCAGAGGGCUUUUUGGGAAUGUGUUUGAAGAUGAUAUCUGUAUUCUUAUUGAUACAUCACAGUCUAUGAAAAACAAGCUGCCACUAGUGAAGGAAAAAAUAUUUCAGCUAAUGCAGGAGCAACUGAGACACAAGAAGAGAUUUAACUUUGUGAAAUUUAGUGCCCAAGCAGUGGCAUGGCAAGAGAAACUUGUUGAAGUGAAUGAGGAAAAUUUGCAAGAUGCUUGGCUUUGGAUAAAAGGGCUUGAGGUUGGAAGUUCCACAAAUACACUCAAAGCUCUCCAGACUGCUCUUGCUGAUACUGACACUCAGGCUAUUUAUCUCUUGACUGAUGGGAGACCUGACCAGCCCCCCCAGAUAAUUUUGGCUGAAGUCCAACUUCACUGUAAAAUUCCCAUCCAUACUGUAUCCUUCAAUUGUGAUGAUAUAGAAGCCAAUAAAUUUUUGUAUGAUCUAUCUACCACAACAGAGGGACGGUUUCAUUAUUACAACAUUUAUUUGAGUGAUCCCGAUACUCCAGAGUUUAUUUUUAAUAAAGACAUAUAUCUUUUGAAAAGAGAAAUUGAUCAAGGAGAGAAAGAUCUAGAGAAAGUGAAGACCUUUCAUGAGAAAAGUCUGAUGAUGAAUUCUUAUAGUGAAGAAAAUUAUCCAGAGAAUAACUGUAAUCACAAGCAGACACACACUGUGUCUGUUUCUAAACACAUUAAAGAGCUGAGUACUUCUCUUAGGAGUAGGCCAUGCUGUGCUUCAGAAGAACCAUCAGUGCCAUCACACGAGCAAACCAGGCAAAGCACUGCUGCCAGUCCAGCCCAAAGAAAGAAAGCAUUAUAUGCAGAUCAAACAAAGUCAAGUCUGCUGCAAUUCCUGAACAGUGGUGUGAAAUUUAGGGAAGAAAGCCCAGAGGAAGGAGUGUCUCCAGAGGAAAAGAGUCUUUCUGUCAAAAAGAGUGUGAAAUGUACAACCAUUUUCAAAGGAAAGUUGACAGAACAAGAAGCUCUGACUGGGGAAGAUGGUAAGACUGUGAAAGGGGCAUCUGAAAGCUCUCUAGAUGUCUCUUCAGCUCUUUGGUUAAAGACCCAUGGCUUGGCUGCUAGGCGACUCACCAUCAUGGAUGCCAUAGCUCCUACAACUGUCCUUCACAGUACAAAAUACAUCCCAGUUCUGGACAAGCAUGUAGUUUCUAAAGUAUUUGAUAAGAUGUUACCAUUGGCCCAUGUUAGCAGUGACAAGAAGGAGAUUGCACUAAUUAAUCCUUGGGCAGUGAAUCUUGAUGCCUAUAAAAAGAAGCUGGAGCAAGCAAUUAUAUCCUAUGAGAGGCGCCUGAACCUAGUUAUUUGGAGAGCACUAUCUCAGGAGGAAAGAGACAAAUUUGAAGAGGACGGGCCAGUCCCAUAUAGACAGCAUAAAGAAACUUUGCUGGAGGCUUUAGAAAAUUUGGGAUGGCCAGUUUCCUAUGAAGAUGUCAAAUUGUUAGAAGAUGAGAUAUUGACAGCAUUAACAUAUAUACAACAAGCCUCUGAUCUUCAGGAAGCUGUCAAAAAGGAAAUUGAGAAAAGCUCAGUAUCAUACAUAAGCAACAAUAAAAAGACAUUUAAAGAAGAAAAUGGGAAGCUGAAGUCUAAGACAAGACAAAAACAUCAAAUAUUUGUAACUCACAAAAGCCAAAAGGUAAUUGCAAGAUCAGACAUCACAGGAUUUUAUUAUCCAGGAACUGUGAUAAAGAAUAUCAGUUCUACCUGUGCACUUGUUGACUUCAGCAAUGGGGAGAGCUGUGAUGUCCUUGUCAAGUUCACUAUACCUGUGGGAGGUGCUAUGCCAUGCCCACAUCUGCAGGUUGGGGACUAUGUGUUUGCCAGAACCGGGACACGGGCAGAAAAUGAAUGUUAUGUACCCGCCAUUGUCAUAGCAACACCACAGAGGGUGGAGACAGGUGACAAAUUCUACACAGUGCUGCUGUUCAACAACAGAGAGGAACACUGUAUAAGAAGUGAGCUCAUUAAAAUCAGCCAAACCAAGUAUGCUUAUUCCUGUCAGUACAUAAGAACGGUGCAGACGGUGGAUUAUGAGAUCCUCGAUACUAAGACUAAAAACUCCUGCCCUCACUCAGCUGUGGAAGAUGAAGGAGGAGAACAAGCAAGAAAAACUAUAGUGAAAGAAAAGAGGGGAAAAAAGAAAAAGAAGAGGACAACAGUAGACAAAAGGCAUCCCAGGGAGAUGAUGUCAAACUUGGAUAAUCUUUUGUCUCCAGAAGUAAAACAGAGAGAAAGAAAUUCACUGUCUAGCAAUAAGGAAGAAUGUAGAGCAUCUUCCCUCUCCAUUUCAUCAUCCUGGUGUUCAUCGAGGUGUUAA